AUGGAGGUCGAACCACCAGUGGCAUCCGUUGAGAGGGACUUUGAGGAGAGACCCAGCCGCAGAGCUCCUUCUCCACGACGUGAUCGGAAUGGCCCCACCUCAUCGAGCAAACAGUCUGCCCCGCGAGGUCGAGACACAGCUGUCGCGAAGCCUAAAACCGAAGAAGAGAAGCAGGCGAUCGCGAAGGCUGAAUAUGAGAAACUCCUGACUAUGCGCUCUGGCGGAACUUAUAUACCACCGGCGCGAUUACGGGCGCUGCAGUCUCAGAUCACCGACAAAACCAGCAAGGAAUACCAGCGCAUGGCCUGGGAAGCUUUGAAGAAGUCCAUAAACGGUCUCAUCAACAAGGUCAACGUAUCAAAUAUCAAGCAUAUUGUACCUGAGCUUUUCGGUGAGAACUUAGUCAGAGGGCGGGGUCUAUUUUGCAGAAGCAUCAUGAAAGCCCAAGCAGCAAGUUUGCCUUUCACUCCUAUCUAUGCAGCCAUGGCAGCUAUUGUGAACACCAAACUCCCCCAGGUUGGAGAGCUCCUUCUCAAGCGCCUCAUCAAUCAAUUCAAAAAGGGUUUCAAGAGAAACGACAAGGCUGUCUGCCUUUCUGCCACCACCUUCAUCGCUCAUUUGUGCAACCAGCAAGUAGCAAACGAGGUUAUCGCAGCCCAAAUGCUUCUGCUUCUUCUUCAUAAGCCAACUGAUGACAGUGUGGAGAUCGCAGUGGGUCUGACCCGAGAAGUUGGACAGCAUUUGGAGGAAAUGAACAAGCAAAUUGCCCUUGCCGUGUUUGACCAGUUCAGGAAUAUAUUGCACGAGGCCGAUAUUGACAAGCGGGUGCAGUACAUGAUUGAGGUUCUUUUCCAGGUUCGGAAGGAUCAGUACAAGGACAAUCCAGCGGUUAAGGAGGAACUUGACUUGGUGGAGGAGGAGGACCAGAUCACGCAUACAAUUUCUUUGGAUGACGAGAUCGACGUCCAAGAUGGCUUGAACAUUUUCAAAUUCGACGCAGAAUGGGAAGAACACGAAGAAGCAUACCGACGCCUGAAGGCGGAUAUCCUUGGGGAGGGUAGUGAUGACGAGGACGACGAGGACGAAAGUGAUGAUAGCGAAGGUGACGAGGAGAAACAGGAGGAGAAGGCCCUGGAGAUCAAGGAUCAGAGCAAUACAGAUCUUGUGAAUCUCAGAAGGAUUAUUUAUUUGACAAUAAUGUCCAGUAUCGACCCAGAGGAAUGUUGCCAUAAGUUGAUGAAGGUCAAGCUACCGGCUGGCCAGGAACCAGAGCUUCCGUCUAUGAUCAUUGAAUGUUGUUCUCAAGAGAAAACCUACUCUAAGUUUUAUGGCCUCAUUGGAGAGCGAUUCGCGAAGAUCAAUCGCCUUUGGACCGAACUUUUUGAACAGUCGUUCGCCAAAUACUACGACACCAUCCAUCGAUACGAAACAAACAGACUUAGAAACAUCGCUCGCUUCUUCGGCCAUCUCAUUAGCUCCAAUGCUAUUGGCUGGCAUGUAUUAUCAGUUGUUCAUCUCAACGAGGAGGAAACCACGUCGAGUAGCCGUAUCUUCAUCAAGAUUCUUUUCCAGGAUUUGUCUGAAGCAAUGGGGAUGCCGAAGUUGCAACUCCGUCUUAAAGAUGCCGAAUUGCGGCCGUUUCUUGGGGGUCUAUUUCCUCAUGACAAUCCACGCAACACGAGGUUUUCCAUCAACUAUUUCACCAGUAUCGGCAUGGGCGCAGUUACCGAGGAGAUGCGAGCAUAUCUUCAAAACCUACCUAAACCUGCCUUGCCUGCUCCACCUGCCGCAGCUGAUGACGAUUCAGAUUCAGGCAUUACUCGUCUUACACCGGAUCCUCUUACUCCAGAUCCCGAUCGCGCUCAGGUUCGCGUUCGCCGUCUCGCACCCGUGCUCCAGAUCGCGGACGCUCGAUCUCCAGAACUCCCCCAAGAGGCAAAGGAAAAGAGAAGGCCAGAGGUCGGAGUUUGA